UGGAGCCGCUUUCUCUUUCGCUCCAGGCGUUGCACUGAUCCCGGCCUGGGCGUCUUUGCGCGCAGAGAUGGCGCGAUGGGUACGCUGCUCGCUCCCUUUGGCCGGCUUCUUGCUCCUCUUGCUCCGCCCGUGCGGGGCCGACACGCCGGCCAACUGCACCUUCGAAGACUUGGAAGGCACCUGGGUCUUCCAGGUGGGCAGGGGCCAAGGCGCCCCGGACAACCAGCUCAACUGCUCGCAAGUGGGGCCUGUCGAGAAAAAAGUCCUGGUUCACCUCCAGAAGCUUGAUGUGGCUGAGGAUGAUGAAGGGAACAGUGGCUUUUUCACCAUCAUUUACAACCAAGGCUUCGAGGUCGUGCUGAACAAGUACAAGUGGUUUGCUUUUUUUAAGUAUGAAACAAGUAAGGGGACAACUACCUCUUACUGCAAUGAGACGAUGCCAGGAUGGGUGCACGAUGUCUUGGGUCACAACUGGGCGUGUUUCACUGGCCAGAAGGUCUCCCCUCCUGCUGUUGGUGCUCAUGUAGAUCCACUGCCUGCGUGGACGACCUAUGGAAGAUAUCUGAAAAGGCCGUAUGUCUCCAGUAUUGACUUUGUGAAGGCAAUCAAUGCUGUUCAGAAGUCCUGGACUGCCACAACCUACAAAGAACACGGAUUGCUCACCUUGGAAGACUUCCAUAGGAGAGCCGGAGGGCUGAAGUCCAGAAUACCAAAUAGGCCAAAGACUGCUCCGUUGACCUCUGAAGUGACCAAGGCCACCUCCUCCCUGCCCACUUCUUGGGACUGGAGAAAUGUGAAUGGGGUGAACUAUGUCAGUCCUGUACGAGACCAAGGGAGCUGCGGAAGCUGCUAUGCCUUCGCCACCAUGGGCAUGCUGGAAGCACGGAUUCGCAUCCUCUCCAACAAUACGCAGGCUCCAAUUCUGAGUCCCCAGCAGAUUGUUUCCUGUGCGGAGUAUGCUCAAGGUUGCGAUGGAGGAUUCCCCUACCUCGUCGGGAAAUACGCUCAAGAUUUCGGCAUGGUGGAGGAGGCGUGCUUGCCUUACACCGCUGCUUCUUCCGCCUGCUCCCUCAAGAAGAACUGUUACCGCUACUACACUUCGGACUACCACUACGUCGGAGGGUUCUACGGCGGGUGCAACGAAGCGCGGAUGAAACUUGAACUUGUUAAAAACGGGCCGAUGGCCAUCAGUUUCCAGGUGUAUCCGGACUUCCUUACUUACCGCGGAGGGAUCUAUCACCACACGGGGCUGAUGGAUCCUUUCAACCCCUUCGAAGAGGCCAACCACGCCGUCCUGCUCGUGGGGUACGGCAGCGACCCGCAUACCGGCGCGCCCUUUUGGAUCGUGAAGAACAGUUGGGGAGCCUCCUGGGGUGAAGACGGCUACUUCCGGAUCCGCAGAGGCUCCGACGAGUGCGCUGUCGAGAGUAUCGCUGUGGCCGCUUCUCCCAUAACUAGAGUGUAGCAGCGGUGGAGUUUUAGGCAGUGCCUUCCCAGGAAGCGAGAUCGCAUCUCCCCCUCUCCUCCCCGAAUCAUAAGAAAUGAUGGAAAACGUUAUUUGCCUUACAAGAAUUAGCCUUAAUUUUUUAAAAAAACCAGUCUGGCAAGGCUUGCAUCGCUGGAAGGGAUACGAGAGUUUGGUGCUUCUGUUGAAGGGGCAGUGCGGUGAACUGGGUAGAGCGUUGAGUUUGUUGAAGGCAGGCUUUGGGUUGAGAACAAUUGGUCUGUUACGAACCUUAUUUGGUGUCCUUGGCUUCUUGCAUUAGCUCCGCUAAGACAUCACACUAAGCCGUAACUGAAGAAGCUUUGUUAGGGCUUCUUUUUUUCUUUAAAGCAGGAACGCAUUUGUAUAUUAGGCCACCCACACCCUGCUGUAGCCAAUCUUCCAAGAGCAUACAGGGCUUUUAGUACAGGGCCUACUGUAAGCUACAGGAUGAUUGGCUACAUCAGGGGUGUGUGGCCUGAUAUGCAAAGGAGCUCCUGCUAGAAUUCCACCCCUGGGCCUACUUUAGAGAUUAUUUUGGAAAGCCAGCAUGGGGUAAUGGUUAAGAGUGGCAGACUCCAAUCUGGAGAGCCAGAUUUGAUUCCCCACUCCUCCCCCCCCAUGAAGCCUGCUUGGUGACCUUGGGCUAGUCACAGUCCUCUCAGAACUCUCUCAACCCCACCUGCCUCACACGGUGCCUAUUGUGCCGAGAGGAAGAGAAGGCGAUUGUCAGUUGCUUUGAGACUCCUUCAGGUAGAGAAGAGAGGGAAUAAAAACCUGUUCUUCUUCAUUGCAUUGGCCUUAUCAUACCGAGAAUUGGUUUAAUUCGUUUUGUGAAGUUCCACACAUGUAGAAAAAUAGCUGUUAAGGGAGAAGGCUAGGCCAGCCCAUUCACCCUGGCAGGCUGGCAUGUGAAAGAUGAAUGUGGGCUUUUUUUGGUGGGGAGAGAAUUCAAAUUUGUCUCUUCUCAUCUGCUGCCUAAAAGUGGUGCAAACCUUCCACCCCUUAUCAUUUGAGUUCAGGACCCAACUUAACAGGCUUGUUUAAGAUUAAAAUGGCCCCCAUGGAGGCACCCUUUUGCUCCCUGUCAGUGGUGUAGUGGUUAAGUGUGUGGACUCUUACCUUGGAGCACAGGGUUUCAUUCCCCACUCCUCCACUUGCAGUUGCUGAUGUGACCUUGGGUCAGCCACAAGUUCUCUCAGAGCUGUUCUGCUCAAGAGCAGUUUUUGUCAGGGCUCUCUCAGCCCCACCUACCUCACAGAGUGUCUGUUGUGGGGAGGGGAAGGGAAUGGAGAUUUGUAAGCCAAUCUGAGACUCCUUUGGGUAGUGAAGGGCGGGGUAUAAAUCCAAUCUCUCUUCUUCUCAAGGGCAGAGAGAGAGAUGUCUUUGCUUAGAAAUCUAGCUCUGAAUUCUCCAGUAGUUAAUAUCUCUUAUCUCCCAUUUCUUUGCUGAACAGAUUUGUGUGGGGUUUUUUUUAAACUUCUGACUGCCAAAGGAAAUACAGGCUUAAAAAUACUGACAGAUUUUAAAAGUUAAUCAUUGUGCCUUACAGGAAGGGAAACGAAGAAAUCACUGUCUGAAAACAGCCUAUACUGUGAGUGUACUCUGCACAAAAUCAUUGUACUUUACAUUUUUUUAAAAGGGAAAGUCAAAUCUUUUGUGUUCAGGAAUGUGACUUGGUGCUUCCUUUUUUUCUGAAAAUGAUACCCUCUUAUUUUGUGGGUUAUAAUUUUGAAAUAAAAUCCUGUUACUGUG